AUGGAAAAGGUUUGGUUCAAGCUUCGUCAAACAUUCUACGCGCCUCCAGAAAUAGAGUCAAUGGGUACGGGGAAAGAGACAGCCCCGCUGUGUCUGGACAUCGAACCGUUUCCCCAGAACAUGCCCGUCUACUCCACAAACGCUCUGACAUUUUCGUGGGAACACGGGCGGGCUGUCGAGUACGGCGGUGUGCUCGGCGUGGGCGCUCCCGUCUUGGCUGCUGCGGGGGUACAGGUCACGGCCAAGGCGGAUGUGAAGACCAUCUUCAGGGCUUCUGUCUCCAACUGCGAGAAGUACGAGAGGCUUGAUACGUAUUUGGUUCAGGUCACCAAGGCGUACAUUGCAGAUUGCUUGGAGAGAGACACGGUGGCAAAGUAUGUGGAGGAUAGUUCGAGCCUGGGGGCCUGGUCCGCAUUUGUCAUAACUGGGCUGAAGAUUGCGUGGGCGGGCUCAAGGUCGACUUCUUCGUCUCAUGGGAUUGGAUAUGGUUUUGGUGUUAAAGCGGGAUUGCCAACUGUUGCCUCUGUCCGGGCCGAACCCAGCUCUGACUUUGUCUGGUCAAUACGACUUGCCAAGGUCCACAAGGGCAUUCUGAUGAAAGACUGGUCUGUCGGCCCAUACACGAAGAAAGAGACGUUCAACAACCGUGAAGAUGAGAUUGAUGUUGAGCGAAUCGUCUCAGCUGAGGGUCUGACGCCUACAGGUAUACUAGAGGACGAAGUGAAUGAUGAGGCAUUCGUUGCACUGCCCGAGCAGAAUCAGUCGUAA